CAGGAUGUCACCAGCGGGGCUCCGUAGAAAAUGGUUAAAUUUCCAUCCUGUUUUUUAUUCGUAUUUGAUUUAUUUUUAGAAUAAGGCCAUGAAACCAGGCUCUGCCCUGCUUUCCGGAAUAAAACUAGUGGUAAUGCCCUGAAAGAGAGCGAGUGGGCAGUAAAGGUGCUUAUAUUUGCCAUAUAAUCCGCUCUGCUCGUCUCAGGCUGCCUCUUCCCUCCUCCAGCACAAUGGCGAUCUGAGCACGUAAACACGGCACAACAGCGACGAACCGGCAGCUGCUGACCCACAUUUACACUCGUUUACCAAUGUCCGUGGCGAAUGCGAGGCAGACCAUUUUCAAUCCGGUAGUUCCUUUCACAGGAACGAUAGCAGGUGGGCUUCAUCCGGGAGAGAUGGUUGUUAUUCAAGGCUGCGUCCUCAAUGAAGCUGACAGGUUCCAGUUUGACCUCAGCUGUGGCAGCAGCACCAAACCCCGGGCUGACAUUGCGUUCCACUUCAACCCCCGCUUCAGGAACCCCCCAAGCAUCGUCUGCAACUCUCUGCAGCAGGGCAGCUGGGGCAGAGAGGAGAAGCUCGACCAGAUGCCCUUCAGGCAAGGCACAUCCUUUGAGACCAUCAUCCUGGUCCAUGAAGAUGUCUUCAAGGUGGCAGUAAACGGUGCCCAUGUACUGGAGUAUAAGCACAGAAUCCCUUUGGAAAGGGUCGACACAUUCUCCGUAUCAGGAAAAGUCAAAAUACAGGCCAUUGGCUACGUCCCCAACUCAGCAAUAUUUUCAGAAUCAGGUGAUUUGAGUAUACCCUACAAAGGCAGUAUACUUAAAGGGCUCAGACCAGGACAGCACAUCACAAUCAAGGGGCAUGUCAGCUUAUUUCCUCACAGUUUUACUGUAAACCUGAGAUGCAGUCAGUCAGAAAACAUCGCUCUGCACCUCAACGCUCGCAUCAAAUCAGGCAUGUUUGUCCGCAACUCUUUCUUAAGCCAGUCGUGGGGCCCGGAGGAGCUUGAGCUGCUGUGCUUCCCAUUCUCAGCUGGGAAAUACUUUGAGAUAAUCAUCCUGUGCCAGUCUCAUCAAUUUAAAAUAGCUGUAAACGGAGCCCACCUGCUGGACUACAGGCACAGAGUGCAGGACCUGAGCUGCAUUAACCAGCUGGAGGUCCUGGGGGAUCUGGAGUUACAGGACGUUAAGCUGUGGUGACUCCUGAUCAGCGACAGGACAUUGUGAUUUCAACCUGUGUUUUUCACCCUGUUUACUAAUGAUAAGUGAAAAAUACACCUCUCACUGACAAAGAGUUCCCUCGGUUACUUUGUAUCAGCUUGAUGGGAGGAAGGGUUGAGUUUCUAAAACAUAACAUGAAUUGGUAUCUACAGAAUUUGCUGUUUAAGUGUGGCAACUAACUCACAUAAAGGAGACGGAGAUCAUCACUAAACACUGACAAAUUUUGAGGGUGGAAGAUGUUUAAAUAAAAAGAAUAAAAUGCUUCUCAGCCUUUGCUAAAGAUUAUAAUUUGGCCCAAAUUAUACAUCCUGUUGGAAGCUGAUACAUCAGUGGCAAAACUACAUGCUUACAUACUGGAAUGGGGAAAAUAUUAUAAAAGGUUAUGAAAAAUGCACUUUUUAAAAGGAGAUAAGCAGACACAUACUGCAUUUAUGAAAUCCAACUCUCAAAGGAGGCUAUAAAAGUUCUUGUGCACUUAAAUAAAGGUUGAACACCAUUAUGUUAAACCAAUCAGUGCAUUGUGACACAUAUAUUGUUUUAAGGCCAUCACACACUUUUGGCAAAAAAAAAAAAACAAAAACAAAAAAACUGUAUGAGCAAACAGAAGGGGGCAAAUGGACUGUUAGAGUCAUAGUGUUACUCUUAUUAAUGUACUUUAUAGAUUACUGAUAUCUAAGAGCAUGUAAUAAAAUGAUUUUAAAUAAAUAUAUGGUAAAAACUGUU